CGGCCUGCUCUGUCUCCUACUUUCGGUUUUGAAAGAAAUUUCAUAAAACAAAGCAAUGGAUUUCAAGGAAGUGGAAAACAUAAAUAAAGAAUUAAUUGUUAAAAUAAAGGACAAGAUACAUUUAAAAGAUCUCUUACAUUACCUGGAAGUAUGGGGUUUUUCUGUCAUGACAAUAAAAGGUAUUAGAGCAGAUAUGAUCAACCAUGGUGAUGCAUAUGCAGUUAUACAGUUUAUGGAUGCUGUUAAGAGACGGCCACAUACAUUUCCUAAACUGGUUGCAGCACUUAGAGACACAAAUCAGGAGGAUAUUUAUGACAUAUUCAAAGAAAAGAUCAGGAGGUAUUAUAGAAACAACCAAACUCGAUUGGCAGCAGUCCUUUCAAUAAUAUCAGAGGAAGAGAGGCAGUUAGGGAUAACAGAGGACCAUCAUGAUACAGGUAAUGUUGGAAGCCAUGAUGCCUCCUCAUCAGGAAAUGUAGCAUCAUCACAAAGUGUUUUAGCUGGACAGUCAUCCAGUAACUCACCAUCCAGUGACCAAUGGACACAGGACAUAUAUAGAAGAGAUGGACAACCCCCAGACAGAGAUCCACCAAACAUUCACAACAGGACCGAUAAUCCACCUGCAGUACAGACUCCCGUCAGGUCUAAUAUUCGAGUCUCAUCAUCAUCAUUAUCAUCAGCAGGUAACAAUUCGUCAGGAGCUACUGGUAAUCAAUCAUUGCCAGACAAAUUAAAAACCACCUGUAAACAGAAUCCACCUCACUUUAAAGGUCAUCCAAUUAAAUUCCUAUUCAAACAUUUGCAAUGUACUGUCAAACCUGUGUAUAGUGGUAUAGCCAGAGAGUUGUCUUUAUUUGCAGAUCGUCCUACAUGA